AUGCCACCCGUCCUCCGCCCGGCUCCCUCCCCUUCCUGCGCCCCGUCUCCGCCGCUCCUGCAACCUGCAGUUCGGGCGCCGGCGGCGCCGGGAAAGAGGCCGUUUCAGAGCUGCAGAUGUGGCAUUCUUGGAAACAGUGAAACGAAACCUGCCAUUGAGACUGGCCUUAAUGAGAAAACAUGCGUUGUCAGGGAAGAGAGCCUGGCAUUUAUCUCCUGUUCGUCAUGCUCAACAGUCAAUACCGUGCCUGUGGGUGGGUCUGCUGAGAAGAUGGUUCAGUUUUUGCAAAGUUCUGUUGGAAUCAUUCAUAAGAGCCAUGCAGAGAGCAUAACAUCCUUCGUGAAAGACAGUGUUAUUGGGGAACUGAAAGAGAAGAGUGAGGUACCUGUCAUGCAAUCAACCAGGGACAAGAGAAUCACCUUUUGUGUUGAGGGAAACAUCAGCGUGGGGAAGUGUACCUUCCUACAGAAAAUUGCCAAUGAGACAGUUGAACUUCGUGAUCUUGUGGAAAUUGUACCUGAGCCAGUGUCAAAAUGGCAGGAUGUUGGUCCGGAUCAUUUCAACAUUUUAGGAGUCCUCUGGAGGAUAAAGCCACUUAGAUUGGUAGAACGGAGCAUCUUCAGUGAUCGAAUGGUGUUUGCUCGUGCUGUUCGUGAAGCUAAUUGGUUGAAUGGAAUGGAACUCAGCAUUUAUGAUUCUUGGUUUGACCCUGUGUUGUCAUCUCUUCCUGGCCUCAUCCCUGAUGGAUUUAUCUAUCUUAGAGCUACCCCUGAUACUUGUCACAAGAGAAUGAUGCUUCGAAGUAGAGCUGAAGAAGGAAGUGUCACAUUGCAGUAUCUACGUGAUUUACAUGAGAAACAUGAAUGCUGGUUACUGCCUUCUGAACAUGGGAAUCACAGACUAUUGUCAGCAAGCCAGUUGCCAUGUAGCAUAGACAACUCCUUGCACCCUGACAUUAAAGACAGAGUAUUUUAUCUAGAAGGGAGUCAUAUGCAUUCUAGUAUCCAGAAAGUUCCUGCUCUUGUACUGGAUUGCGAACCAAAUAUUGAUUUUAGCAGGGAUGUUGAAGCUAAAAGAAAUGAUAAAUGGGUGACACUAUUCAGGUGCCCUGUUGUUCCACUUCCACAUGCAGAGACGACAAUGACCUGA